AUGGCUAAGAUGAUGCCGUUUCACAGGAGGAUGGAGAAGGACGACGAUCUCAUCCUUUUCAAAGAUUUGCAGAAGCAGAAGCGUGAGAAUGAGCGAAACUCAAGCCUCCUUCGUCCUGUUUCCUCAGACGACUAUGAAUGUGACUCAAAAGGAAAUAAAACAAGGAAAUAUUUUGCAGGAAAGUAUUCGCUUUACAGAAUUCCUUCAGGGAAGAAGGAAUCCAGUUAUGAGUUUCUCACAGAAAACCACAAAAAUGAUUAUGAUUGGUUAAAAACACCACCGGCAACUCCUCUAUUUCCGUCUCUAGAAAUGGAAACAGGUGCUCCUACUGAUCCUCAACUUGUUCAAAAGGAGUUACCAAUCAUACAGCCUCUUUCAAGGUUUGCAGGGAGUGAUUUGGAGGCCUCAAAGCCAGAAACAAGUGAAGGUAGAGCAAAUCAUAUGAACUCGUCAAAACCAAAACUUUCCACGAGAUCAACAACCCCCAGUCAUAGUAGACAGAGACCUAGCAUUGUCAAGAACAACACAGAUGAGCAAGAAUCAAGCAUUCUCUCUACCAAAAACAACAGUAAUAGUAAACUCCACAUGGCUAUUACGGCUUCCAAUGUUAAAACGACCAACCAGAAGCAAGGUAGCAAUGCUUAUACCAUAGCUUUGAACCUUAAAAAGAGCCAAGAAGUGAACGACCCAAAAAGGAUGGUCAAAAGUAGGGGUAUUUCACCUUUCGUGAGGUCAAGUGUUGCAGCUCAUAUUACAAAAGAAUUCCCAGACAAGGCACCACCAAAUCUACGGACAGAUCAUCGGUCAACAUCUGCUACUCGAGGAAGAAUCAGUAACCCAACAUUUGCUACAGUUGGGUUUCAGAACCAUGAUACCACUCCUAGAGCAAGUAGACAAUCACGUUCACCAUCCCGUAGUGUGUCCCAUGGUAAGAAGCAAUCAGAUGGAAUCCAGAAAGAGUGGAGAAACCACAAGGAAAGAUCAGUAUCAGGCAGUGGAGAAAGCAGAACUCAUCUAAGGGGAAGUAAGAUGGUCGAAAAAGUGGUGAAUGCUAGAAGGUCUGCCAACAAUCAAGCUGAGAGAGAAACAAAACCCAAGCCUCUCAAAUAUAGAGCAUAAUUCAUCCUCUCCUUGCACUUUGCUGAGUUAGUGGGAAAUAGGAAUUACUACAAUAUCAGUUGCUAUUCAAAUGUAGAGAUAUGAAGCCGAGUAUGCUCCAGCAGGCAGUAAUGUUUUUUAUGCUUCGCAUGGCUUGAAACUAUACAAAAGCAACUUAAGAAAAGCUGCUAGAUAGAGAUCUCUGAAAUUUUUGAUUUGAUUUUAAGAAACUUGGACCAUGUAGAAAUUUCUAUAUGCUUUUUUAACAUGCAGCUCUUGAACAGUAUGUGAUCUCAAUCAGUUAACAUCAC